CAGCAUUAUGGAAACAGGAACAGUUGGAUGUUGAAAAAAGAACACACUUAUCCAAAAACCAAAAUAAAUUGCAUGAAUGCAAUAAAAACAGAUGUGUGCAGGACAAGAAAUAAUUUCAUGGUCAGUACAGGUUCUAGCUACAUCAACUUGGGCCUACGUUAGUGCACUAUGGAGUCUCAGCAUAGUUCUAAGUGCAUAAAAUAAGCAUAGAGGGCGUUCCUUGCCAUGUGCCGCUCGAUUUGGCAAAAUCAGAUUGGCACUAAAAAUCAUAAGACAUUAACAAAGAUUUUCUAUAAAUUUUCGAAUGCAGCGUUAACCCCAAUCCCGUACAUGGCACAAACUGAUGGCCCCAUAAAACCCUAGUUUUUAGACCAAACAGCUAAAGCAUACAAACUAGAAUUACAACAAAGUAAACUCCUUAUAUUGUGCAAAUGCACAUUCGGCAUUACUGAAAAUGAAAAGAUUUGCUUUUCGCAUCCAAAUCCAAAAAAUAAAAGGUUGAUUUCUGGACAAUUAAAAUUAGGCAGACCUUAAUUAAUCAGGGCCUUAAUCAUUAUCUUAACCCUUGUGUAAUCUUCAUAUCAUGCAAAUCCCUUGUUCACAGGGUAAAAAAUGACCCACCCUCACUGGGCCCCUAUGAUAAAGCCUCUCCCAUUAAUUUUAAACCCCAAAUCUAUUUUGCAUGUCAAAACAACCUGUUGCACAAAUAGGUGAAUAACUGUGUUUUCCAAUUUCACAGACCAGAGAAACUAUUGACACCACUGGUUUUUCCUACAAACACACAUCAUUAUUUAUUUAUUUAUUCAUUUUUAUUUGCUGUAAGGGAUGUGUGUUGCUUAAUGUUGAUUAAGGAUCUCUAUAUUUGUAUGUGUGAACUACCUAAUUAAAAAAAAAAUUCUUAUUAUUUUGACUAAAGGUACUACAUAGGCAUAAAAAUAUUGUUUGCAUUCUCUUUUCCGUAGAAGAUAGCACAUCAAUAGCCUAAGAAAUUGACAUGACAAUAAUGAAGAAUUCAAUGCAUUUUAAUGAAACACAGCAAUACUAUUCUCAAAUGCUUUUGUUUUAUUUUAGGAAGCAUUUGAGCUCCAAGCACACAUUUGUGUAUUUCUCUGUUAGGCACAAGUAUGACAGUAUGCAAGUCUACAAGCAUGGGCUUUACAAAUGUAUUUCUCGCACUUGUAGCACAUUGUGCUUGUUUUACAGUCCUUCUUAGAGGAGCAGAAACGGCAUUACUCCCCUUUUCCUGAAAUGGUUUCUGGCUGGAAAACAUAACUGAGUCAGGGGUAGGGUGAGAUGCUUCUAGAAAGACAACCUGGUACAAACGUAACUUAGGAAUUAAUAUAAGAACAGCCAAUUGUAACAUUUUAACACAGGCUAUAGCAUAUCCAAAAUGUCCACCGUGAAAUGUUGCUGUUUAUUCCUUGGUUGUCAUUAUACCUGAAGCUGGUAUAGUUAGUGGCUACUUUGUCAUAAGCUGGGGGCUAUAUCUAAACUUCAAUGUUAAAAAGGCCACCGUGUGUUUUAUACAAUGUUUUUAUCUUUGAACGCAUAAUACUGACUGAGCAUCGAAAAGGUGGAGGUCUAUUACUGAACGUAUAUAUACACAGUUGCAAGCAGUUGUGAACCCUUUGGAAUUAUCUGAAUUUCUGCAUUAAUUACUCAUUAAAUGUGGUCUGAUCUUCAUUUAAGUCACAAUAAUAGACAAACACAUUCUGCUUAAACUAAUAUCACAGUUCCGCACUGGUUUCCUCUGUGGUGUCCUCCCAUGAAUACCAUCAUUGUUUAGUGUUUUUCUUAUAGAGGAUGCAUGAACAGAGACUUUAGCAAUUUCAAGAGAUUUCUGCAGGUCCCUAGUUCUUUUUGGCUUCCCUUUGGACUGCAUGAUGUGCUGUUGUGAUCUUUGCAGGAUGCCCCCUCCUGGAGAGAGUAGCAAAAGUACAGAAUGUCCUCCAAUUGUAGACAACUUGGCUUAUUGUGGAUUUAUGAACACCCAGGCCUUUAGAAAUACUUUUGUGGCCCUUUCCAGUUUUAUGCAUCUCUACAAUUAUUCUUCUAAGGACCUCUGAAAAUUGUUUUGAUCAACAAGUUUAUACAUACACUACAUUUCCAAAAGUAUGUGGACAGCAGGCUUGGCAAUCAAAAUUAUUUGUAGUAAAGUUCUCACAGACAUGUCAAAUGGAUUCAUUUAUUCAUUCAUUUCUUAUUCAGUACAAUAGAAAUAUGUCAGCUUCAGAUCCAACAGUGGUCCAGUAGACCCAGUGGUCUAUUAACUGAAAUCACUUGUGCUCUGUAUGAGCACCUUAGAUGCUUGAAGAAAAUGAUAGAAGAAAAUGCCAUAGUAAGGCUAAAUCUUAGAAAAGGAAACACAGGAACAACAUGAUGCGUUUUCCUUGACAUUUGACACCCCUUACUGCAGAAGCUGUAUUCUCUGUAACAGAACAGAAGCGCUACUUAGAACCCAGAAAAAGAGGAAGUGAAAUGAAAGAUGUUCUCCUUGUAAAGCUGGUUCGUGUGAAGAAAGGGGGCUCCAGGGGAGUUCUGAGGAGGAAUUCCCCAUCCCUGAUUUCCAUUUCUUUAUACAGUAUAUAUAACGAGAGAUUCUGUCAUCUCACCCAGCACAGCUCCUCUCUCUGAUCCAGAGUCCAGCAGCUCCUCUCUCUGCUUGCAGUCUCCAGUCAAAAUGAACACAGCGAUGAAACUGAGCGCUCUGCUGAUCCUCGUGCUGCUCGGCUCUCUGGAGCUUGUCUCUUCUGCUGAGGGCGCUAACGCGGGGGCGGACUGCUGCACAAAAUAUGAUAAAACGAAGAUCCCACUAGCGAUGGUGGUCUCCUGGCAUAAAACCAGCAGCCGCUGUGCCAAAGCAGCCUAUGUGUUUGUUACCCAACGCGGAAAGCGCAUAUGUGUGGAUCCUACUCAUGGUUGGGUGAGGAGCCACGCAGCUCAGGUGCCAGGAACCAGCAAGAUGAACACUAAAGCCUAAGGCCAGCCCUAACACCCCAGCGGGCUGUCAAUCUGUACGAAGACUUCCUGUUGGACACUGCGAUGGGACACACAAGAACAUAAGAGAGGAAUGUGUCUAAUUACAUCUGAUAUUCCUGGAUUUCAUUCAUGCAAUAUUGUCUGUUCUUUUCCUGUUCAUAAUGCAUUGUUCCUUUUCCUACAUUCAUUUUUCUGUUUUAUAAGUUGUACAUAAAAUUUUUCCAGGUAACUUAUUAAAUGCUUUUGUAACAAA